ACAAUUUCUUUUCAAAAAACGAAUAAAUUUGAUAACAACAACAUUUCAAUUUCUCUCAAAAACUUCUUGAAGCAUACGACUUUUUUUCUGUUAAGUGCAAACAAAAUAGCAUAAGAGAAAUAAUUCAAGCGAAUCAAAAUAAAAAUCAAAUGACCCAUUUACCAAAAAACCGGCUGAGGCUAUACUCAACACAAUAAACCGCAUCUCCACUCGAUAUUUAUUUGUUCAAAACAUUAAGAAGCUGAAACUUCUAGGAAGCUGAGGAGCGAACACCACCACAAACACGGCAGACGCGCAUUCAAAUUUCACCCAAAUGAACUGCGGCGGCUUACAAGCACGCAACGAGAAAGCGGAGAAACAAACAGAAGCAGCCGCAACCACAGCUGGAACUAUGCGAUAAGCACACCAACUACCGAUAAAAAAGAUACCAGAAAACAAAGCUUGAACAAACCAGUCAAGAAGAAGACACUAAAAGAAUUCCCAGUUAAACGCUUUUUUAUUUUAUUUUGUACUUUUUUUCACCUCGCUCUUACAAGUUCACGUAUUUUUAAGUUACUUAAGCAGCCCGCGGCUUGCUAGCGAGCGCAGUUGUAUUGCGCCUGUGCUUACAUCCAGUUAGCUCUUACACGAGUGCAUUCCUACACAACAGAAACUCGCGUCACUCAUUCGAAAUCGCGUUCCAAGUCAAAACAUGCAGUUUUACAAGAUCACAUUUAUUUCGGUGCUCAUUGUCUUGCUUGCCAUCGCCAGCGGAGAAGCCAAAAAACAUAAGAAACACAGAUCCUCGUACGGCGGCGCGCCUUCAAGUAAGACCAAAACCAAAACUAAAUGGUCCACUUCCACCGAUCUAGGACACAAUGGCGCACAGCUCGCCACCGAGGAGCACGGCUACUAUGUGAAACGCACCUUCCUGCCACUGAACGCUACGGCAACACCACGUAGUCCACCCUACUUGGGCAUACCGAUUGCUUGGUACGCUUGUGAAGGUGCCGCAUGCACCAAAGCAAAUACGGCGGCCAUAAGCAGUAGCGCUGCGGUGUUACAAGAGGGUUUUCUUUGCGAUGAUGACUGCGUAGAACCGUACGAGCCCAUCUGCGGUAAAACAUCUAGUGAACUGGCUGUGUUCUACAAUAAAUGCAAGUUAAAUGUGGCCAAGUGUCGUUCGCAUGGAUUGUGGUUGGAUGUCGCCUAUGAAGAGUGUCAGAAGACGCACACCAAAGCGGUGGCAUAUGCUGAGCGCAAAUUCAAGACAUCACCAUAUUUCAAAGACACCAAAACUAUCGCGGUGCAGAAGAAAAAAGACAACGAUAACUCAUCUUCCGAGGAGGAUGACGUUGUAUUCGAUGUGGCAUUGCAGGCAUUGGACAAAAUAGGCCAUCAAAUCGCGGCCGCCGAAGCAGAAGCUUUGGACGAGGCCGCCACCACUAGCACAGUGGUGAAAAGUGAAGUUUCGCCCAUUGCGAAGCCAGUUCAGGCGGAUCGUAUGCAGGAAAACGUCGCGAUCAUAAAACCCGUUAAGGAAAUCAGCACAACCGCAAAGCCUAUUAAAGCGAGCGUUGCACAAGCAGCAGUGGAGAAUAAUGUAAACAAACCUGUUGAGAGCGAUCUCCUAAAGCCAACAGUUGAUGUUGCUGUACCGGUGACUGGGAGUAAUGUUGCCACCGUAGUUGUUAAGAAAUAAUUAUGCGCAGGCAUGGUUAUGUGAUAUUUCUUUAUCGAUAUUUUUAGAACGGUGUUGCACUACAAACAUACCUACCAUAUACCUACAUAUAAUAUAUUAGCGAAUAAAUAUUUAUUACUUUGAAACGAA